AACAAUCCUCCCAAAAGAUGAACAAGGUUCAAGCGACGGAUUAGCCAACAUGGCGCCUCCAAAGUCGGCGAAGCGAAAAGCCGUUUCUUCUGCUUGUAUCCCUUGUCGCAAACGCAAGAGCAAGUGUGAUGGAGGUCUUCCUUCCUGUUCCACCUGUAUGGCGGUUUACCGAACAGACUGCAGCUACGACCAAGACACAGACCACCGACGCAAAGGCGCACUCCGAAAAGAUAUAGCAUCACUACAGAACAAAAACACCGCCCUCGAUGUCGUCAUCAAUUCUUUGUGUGCUCUGCCAGAACACGAGGCUACUGCAUUGUUCCAUAGCCUUCGCCGGGGAGAAAGACUCGAUUCCCUGGCUGAAGCCAUCAAUGCUGGAGAUACCGAGAAGCUGAGGAACCUCGACACUGAACUUUCUGGGCCCAAUGGAACUCCAGGAGCCACGUUCCACUCGCAAGCUCCUUCAACACGAAAUGAAUCGUCACGCAGUCCGACAGAUGGAAAGUGGAACGAUGCAGGAAGUCAGAGCGCAGCAGCAGAAGGGUCAUCCUCUUGGUUCCGCGUACCUCAAGACGCCGAGUUCGUGGACCAUCUGCUCAACCUUUAUUUCUCCUGGAGUCAUCCAUUCUUUUGCUUCUUCUCCAAGGAUCACUUCUUGCGGGACAUGUCCCGAGGUUCAACCAAGUACUGCAGUGCUAUGCUUGUCAACGCUGUGUGCGCAGUCGCUUGCCAAUACUCGGAUCGACCUGCAGCACGCGAGCGAGCAGGAGACUACUUCUUUAGCGAGGCACAAAGGCUUUCUGAAAACAUCGGCGCCUCGGAAUUGACGUCUGUCCAAGCUAUGGCGGUCAUGGCUGUUAGAGAAGGGUCUGCAGGCCGUGAUCACAUUAGCUAUCGCCUCUGUGGAAGAGCUGUACGUCUUGCUAUGGAGAUGGGCCUGCAUCUGGCAGACACUACCGCAGGAGAGCCAAACUUGCGUACCAGCGAGAUGGACAUUCGGAAACUGACCUUCUGGGGUGUCUUCAAUUGCGAGAUGAUCUGCUGUCUGGCAUUGGGCAGGGUAUCAUCGAUACCCAAAAACGCUAUUGAAAUUGAUAAACGUGGGUCACGAGCAUCAGGCCACUUUGGACGACGAGCGCUAACAUUUUUGCANGCUAUGAACUCGGAAAAACUGGAUGCGUUGUUCUGGCAACCGUACGAGGACGCCAACUUGCCAGUCAGUCCGAGCGCUGUGCAGCCUAUGAAAUGCCUGCUAUUCCACAGCAUCCAGAGUACGCUCUCUGAGAUGAUCAACGACAUCAACCUCAAUCUUUAUGCACCCAGAGAAAGAUUCACACCGCGUCGACUGGCGUCAGCAUAUCAUCAAUACCAAACGUGGUACAGUGAGCUGCCUGAGAUGUUCCAGCUUCAAAAUACAGCCAUGCCCCACGUUAUUGUGCUUCAUAUGUACUACCACCAAUGCNNCCUUUUCCGACCUUUCAUGAAGCUCGACCUUUCAGAUAUCGGACUCUUUCCGCGGGAGCUAGCGACCUACUGCGCCACCGAGAUUUCCAAGCUCAUGAAUGCGCUCCGCGGAAUGUAUGGGUUGAGGAGAACGUCGUUGGCCGUUAGCAACAUCCUCCUGUCGGCCAGCACAGUCCAUCUCAUGAACCUUCCCUCCCAAGGUGCAGCUGUGCAGCUCACCCAAGCCAUGCAGGACUUGGACACAAUGUCUGUGAACCACCGUUAUGCCUCGUGCUGCCUCGAGGUAAUUAACCGACUGGCGAACCAGUGGGGUAUCAGAUUGCCUGAGGCCACUGCCAACUUAGCACCCUUCCGAUCCCCAGUACCCGAUCAAGCCAUGCCGAACAUGUCCCUGUUCUUCACUCAAGCAACACUCAGCAAUGAGUCCAUGGAAUCACUCGUCGCACCAACUCAAAACCUAAGGCACGAUUCUGGUAGCAUGUUCGAGCCUUCCUUCGCUCCGCAUAACAUGCCAAUCCUGCCGACCAACAGUCAAUCAUCCUUGGGGGCAACAUCGCAACAUAGCAUGCACUCUACGCCAAUGAACACGACUCCGGUCCAGGCACAAACGAACAUGUGGUCAUCAUUCCCCUCUCAACAAAUGUCAACACCAAUGCAGUUACAACUACCUACGACGGACUAUCAGAUGAUGAACGUCGACUCUUCGGCCUCUUUUGGAUACCAGAACUAUCAGCAAUCCCAA